CGUAUGUGAUCGUGCAAAUAUGUCAUACGUAUUAUUAAAUUUAUACAAAGCUAAUAUUUACUGCAUCACGAGAUCUGUACACAAUAGAUGUAGGAUCGGUUGCAGGGAUGUUGUGGGGCAUGGCAUCAACGGUAGCGCGGCGUACAGAGAUGACCCGCACUUUCCAUUCCCCAGUGUAAGAUUCAAGGAGAAUACCAGAGAUAUUUGUGCUCUGCGUGAGAAAGAGAAAGGUGAUUGGAGACAACUGUGCUGUGAGGAGAAGAAGUCUCUCUACCGAGCGUCAUUCUGUCAGACGUUCGCAGAGUUCCAAGCACCAACUGGCACUUGGAAGUUUAUAGCUGGCUGGGUGUUAAUAGUUACGUCUUUUGCUUGGUGGUUUGUGAUUUAUUAUCAUCAUUAUGUAUACGAACCGUUACCGGCGUCGUUCUCCAAAUUAGCUCAGAAAGCACAAUUGCGACGAAUGCUAGAGCUCCGGGUCAACCCGAUAGAUGGCAUUUCUUCCAAAUGGGACUAUGACAACGAUAAGUGGAAGGAUUAAUUGUGGAAUACAAGAACAUUUUAAGAUGGAAGAUUAUUUCUAAUUUGGCACACUUAUAGUAUUUUUCUUCAAUAAAUUACGUUAAACAU